AUGUACGCGUACCAAAAUCCCAGAUAUGGCAGUUACAACUCUAGCGAAGAAAGCGGCCAAAACGACUCACCGCAUCAGCAGCAAACGCCCACCGAGACAUCGGGCAUUGGUUGGAAAAAGUCAUGUCCUGAAGAGAAAACCAACGCUCUACUCAAAGCAUUGGAAGCAUUUAAUGUGUUCGAGACUCCAGAUGAACUAAGUCAUCGUACAAAGAUUUUGACUAAACUUAAUAUGCUUGUGAGGAAGUGGAUUAAAAAUGUAUCAAUGGCAAAAAACAUGUCCAAAGCAGAUGCGAAAAAACUCGGAGGAAAAAUUUACACUUUCGGUUCAUAUCGUUUGGGUGUACAUGAUAAGGGCGCUAAUAUUUAUGCCCUCUGUGUCGCACCACGCAGCAUUGAACGCUCGGAGUUUUUUACGUCGUUCUUUGGAUUGCUAAAGAAGCAGCCAAAAGUAACAGAAUGUCGUUCAGUGGAAAAUACCUCUGUACCGGUCAUAAAAAUGAAAUUUGAUGGAGUUGAAAUUGAUUUGUUAUUUGCGCGUCUUUCACCCAAAGAGAUACCAGAGGAUUUUGAUAUACGUGACGAUAAUCUACUUAAAGAUUCAGAUCCUCAAUCGGUGCUCAGUUUAAAUGGCUGUCGAGUGACUGACGAGAUAAUGGAGUUAGUGCCGAAUAGAGAGAAUUUUCGCUUAGCGCUGCGUUCGAUUAAAUUAUGGGCAAAAAAGCAUGGAAUAUAUUCUAAUUCCUUGGGCUACUUUGGCUGUAUAACUUGGGCAAUUUUAGUGGCUCACACAUGCCAAUUUUAUCCAAAUGCAACAGCUUCUACGCUAGUGGAGAAAUUCUUCAAUAUGUUUUCGCACUGGAGAUGGCCAGAUCCAGUGCUGCUCAAGCGGCCUGACAUUGUUAAUUUACAAUCACCGGCUUUGUGUUCUCAUCUAAUGCCAAUUAUUACGCCCGCAUAUCCACAGUACAACUCCGCAUUUAAUGUGUCGGAGGCAACAAAGAAGGUUAUAAUUAAUGAAUUGAAUAGAGGAAUGGCUACCAUGAACGAAAUUAUGUCUGGUGCAGCUCCAUGGGAUCUGCUCUUCGAGGCGCCUAGCUUCUUUUAUAGUUAUCAUCAUUUUAUUGUGGUUCUGGUUACAUCGCAAACCAGUGAAGAUCAGCUGCAGUGGUGUGGCUUGGUCCAGUCAAAGAUUCGUCUAUUGGUAGAUGAUGUCCAGCAUAAACACCACAUGUCCUUAUUCCAUGCAAAUCCUACAUGUUUUGUUUACAAGAAAGGCGACGUCCCCACUCAAAGUAACAGCGGCAAAGAGAAUGAGCCGAGCGGCAAUCCAGCAGUUGAUACGGCACCAUUCUGUUCGAUGCUGUUCAUCGGUUUAGAAUUCGAAUACAAAGAGAAGAACUCCAAAGUGGACCUUACGGGGAGUUUUAAAUAUUUCGCCGAACGUGUUACACAGCAUGCGGUAAAUAAAAAAAUGCUGAGAGAUGGGAUGAAUAUUGAAGUGAAACGCAUAAAACGAAAAUCCCUUUCGCAUUAUUUAGAUAUGGACUUCUUAAAGAGUCAAGGGAAUAUUAAGAAAUCUAUUUCAACCAAGCGUAAUGGAUAUGCGGCCGAUCUGUCAACUGAGAAAGAGGUGGCGACUAAAAAGCGGCGCUUGAGUUGA